CCCGGGGGGAAGUGCCAAACCAUCAAGCCAAAUUCCUACCCCCAUCAUCACCAUUCCAACACCUACUCCAUUCACUUCCCCCGUCACCUCUGUCCCUAUUUUUCCUCCAAAUUUCCCCGGGCCCAUGGACCCGACGUUUUCACAGGCGUUUCAAAAUUUUGGGCAAUUCAUGUCCAUGUUUCAACAACCGGGAGGAUUCUCUCCUUUUAUCCUCGGGUUGUAUCCACAAUCCCUGCCCCAAACUAAUAUCAUCCCCCCGGUCGUUCCGACAAAUCUGAUCGGGGAGAUGGACAAAGCUGGUCCAUCCCGCUCCAGAAGGAGUCGGUCCCGGAGGUCGCGCACACAGAUCACGCCUGAUGGCGAUGUGCGCUCAGUCCAUAACAGGGAUGAGGAUUGGGAUGUACCCCAGGCUCAAAAGAAGUUGAAGGGAAAAGCUAUUCAACCUGAAGGGUCCAGGAGGUCAGUGUUUCAAAGGCUUGGCCACGAGGGCCGAAAUCAAAACCGGCCUGCCAAAGAACGAUUAGGAGUGGAAACAACAUCGUUCAGUGCUUUUGAUCGCCUGGGUAGAGGGGCCGAGCGACCUGGUCAGACCAGGCGCACGGAACCUCCCCAUCGCGAAGAGCCCCAACAUAGCCGGGCGCCCCAUGAAGAAGAAGCGGAGAGCCAUCCUAGGCACACGUUCCGCUCCCAUGUUGAACAACCCCGAGAUCGCGUGGGCCGGGUCGAAGCACGUUUGGAAAAGUUGCAGCGCUGGGUGGACCGGGAUGAAAAGAAGAAAAUCCUGUUGAACGAAUCUCCGUUCACAGACCGGGUUCACGAGACCCCAUUUCCAAAGAAAGCAAAGUUGGAGGUCCCGAAGUUUACCGGGAAGGAGGACCCAGAAAUACAUGUCAAAACCCUUCAUCAAAGUGGAAGGAUGAUGGGCCUUUCCGGGGACGAAAAAUGUUUACUUUUCUUCCAAUCCCUCCGCGGCCGAGCCGCUGAAUGGUUUCAUAACCUACCGGCCGGUGAGAUCGAUUCCUUCGAUGAGCUGGCCGAGGUGUUCCAAGAGAAGUUCAAGGAAAACUGCGCCAAGAGGAAAAAGUUUACCUACUUGAGCACGGCUGGGCAGAGGGAGCACGAGGAUUUAACAAAAUUCCUCACCCGGUGGAAGGAUGAGGUUGAUAAAGUCGAGGAGAUGGACGACAAAACCGCCAUGUACCUCCUAGUGUCUGGACUCCGGUCCGGAGAAUUGUAUAAAGAGUUCUGCAGGAGACCUCCCCAGUCAUACCAAGAGGCCUACAACACGGCCUGGGAUUAUGCUGAUGCCGAAGCACAGGUGUCAUCCAAGAGGGAGGCCGAGGAGGGCCAUUCCAAAGGAAAAAUUUCCUUGAAAAAGGAAAUUGAACAGCCUGGGAAAGCGAAGGAGGAAGUCAUGGAGGUUAAGCCGGUCAAAUCAGAAAAGAAACCGACCGGUGAAAAACAAUGGACGGAGAAGCCUGAAGGACAGCCGGCCGAACAGAAUAAGAAGAAGAAAGCAGCCGGCAAGGAGCAUCUGCAAGUCAUUUACAGCGGGCCGGAAGGGGGAGAUUCUGCUUCCCAAAGAAAGAAAUGGGGGCGAGAGCUCUACGUUGGAACUGUGGCCCUAAAUCCCCAGUCGAAACAAGCAAGACGGGAACCGAUCACCUUUACUGACCGGGACCUCCCCGCCACCGGAGAGGAUCACAAUGACCCCCUGGUGAUAACUAUGGACAUGGGUGGAGUUGAUGUCUCCCGGGUGCUCGUUAACACGGGCAGUAGUGUUAACGUGUUGUACCUUGAUGCAUUUGAGAAGCUCAAGUUGUGUCGAACACGGCUUGAGCCCUUAAAGACUCCCCUGUCUGGGUUUACCGGGGACUCAGUCGAAGCUGAAGGGUUGAUCCUUUUAAUUUGUGAGCUGGGCACGGGCAACCAGGUCGUCCAAAAACAAAUGAGGUUUGUGGUUGUGAACAUCAAAUGUGUUCACAAUGCCAUUUUGGGCCGGCCUGGGAUAAACAAGGUCCGUGGAGUCAUCUCCAUGGCCCAUCUCUGUAUGAAGUUCUAUACCCCGGGCGGUAUAGGACAAGUCAGAGGAGAUCAAAAGAUGGCCCGACAUUGCUAUUUGGAAGCUGUAAAGAAAAUGACGAAGGCCUUUGAGAGAGUCACUUUGGUCUCUCAGAAGGAAGACCGGUCAAAGCUGGAAUCGGGUGAUGAGACCGAGCAGAUCGUUCUCCGGAAGCCUUCCCGGCAAGGAUGGACUGCAAUCAAGGGUCAAGCUUUGGCAGACUUCCUCGUCGAACUGACCGGUCUAGAGCCCGAAGCCAGACCUUCCCAUACGGUCGAACCGUGGUGGGAUAUGGCCGUUGAUGGGGCCUCUAGACCGAAGGGAUGCGGGGCCGGCGUAGUCUUCACUACCCCGGAAGGAUUUAAGAUCUACCAUGCCUUAGUUUUUAAUUUCAAGCUCACCAAUAAUGAGGCGGAGUAUGAGGCGUUGGCCGGUGGUCUCAGACUAGCCCGGGCUUUCGGGAUAAAAAGGAUGAAGAUCCGUUCCGAUUCAAGUCUGGUUGUCGGACAGCAUGUGUCAAAUUUGGCGAAAAUUGAGAUACUGGACGUGCCAAGUACAGACCGGUUUGAAGUCACGGCCAUCCAACCGGGCCAGACUUCAGCGACCGGGAUAAUCGGAGCAGAUGAUGACUGGAGGUACGAACUCAUGGAGUAUCUGGAAACCGGCCAGAAGCCAGAUGACGAGGAACGAGCCAGGAAAGUGGUCCUACGGGCUCCACGUUUCCAGGUAAUCGACGGUCACCUAUACAAACGUGCCAUUGGCGGACCACUCUUGCGUUGCCUUACAAACCCUGAAGCUGAACGGGUAAUAGCUGAGGUACAUGAGGGAGUUUGUGCAGCCCAUCAAAUGUCCCGCACUUUGGCUCAAAGGAUAAUAUUGCUAGGCUACUACUGGCCGACCAUUGUUGGAGAUUGUGAACGGUAUGUCCAGAGGUGUAGAACGUGCCAGGUUUUCUACAAACAUCCCGGCAGACCGGCUACAUAUUACCAACCGACCUCUAAUGUUAUACCAUUUGUCCGGUUUGGGAUUGAUAUUAUUGGAGCCUUCCCAGUUGCCCAAGGUGAAAAGAAGUUUGUGAUGGUGGCUAUAGAUUACUUCACUAAAUGGAUCGAGGCUGAGGCGAUGGCCACCAUAACCGUACGGCAAUGUGAUAAAUUUGUUUGGAAAAACAUUAUCACCCGGUUUGGUGCCCCAAAAAUCAUUGUCACCGACAACGGUCCACAGUUUCGCAACCCCCGGUUCACUGCAUACCUUGCUAGCUUCGGGAUCAAGCAUAGCAAGGCAUCGGUAGCAUAUCCACAAGGAAAUGGCCAAGUCGAAAAUGCUAACUGGACAAUAGUGGACGGGCUGAAAAAGAGAUUGGGUGAGGAAGGACACAAGUGGUUGGAAGCCCUACCUCAUACGGUCUGGGCACAUCGAGUGACUUCAAGAAGGGCAACUGGAGAGACUCCUUUCGUGCUCACAUACAGAUGUGAAGCCCAGCUACCAGUAGAGGCAGAAAUUCCAACAUUUAGAGAAACCGUGUACCAGCCCGGUCAGAAUGAGGCCGACCACCUAGCUGAAUUGAAUCUGGUGGAAGAACGAAGGACCAUAGCAGCUGUCAAGAUGGCCGGUUACCAGCAGUCGGUAAAGAGGUAUCAUGACAACCGGGUGGGCCGGGCACUUAUCGCGUAAAGGCUAUCGGUAAAGAGGUAAAGAGGCAAGCUAGUACAAAACUGGGAGGGACCCUAUCGCGUAAAGGCUAUCGUUAGGCCGGGCACUUAUCAACUGGAGACUAUGGAAGGUGGCCGGGUCGACCGACAUUGGAACUCUCACCACUUACGUAAAUUUUAUAGAUAAAGUGUAAUGAGUUCCCGGCCAGUAAUAAGACUUGUUCUUUUCC